ACCACUUCAACCCUACCACCAGCCCUGAAAUCAUGUUUUGAAGAAUAUUUUGUGAAAUGAAAAAAAAAAAUGCUCCUAACAUAAAAGUGAAUGAAAAAUCCGGGUCGAAAACGUUCAGCAGCAAUGCAAACCCACAUAAUUAAAAUAGUAGCAAUGACGAUGACAUUGGAUGCCACAAAAAUUAACGGGAACAUCCAUAGUAGUGCAGAAAACGUUCACAAUGAAAUCUGAAGCCAAGGAUGGAGAGGAGGAGAGUCUACAAACAGCUUUCAAGAAAUUAAGAGUGGAUGCAUCAGGGUCCAUCGUGUCGCUGUCGGUUGGAGAAGGUACAAGUGUCAGAGCACCAGCCAGAACCACGGCAGAUGAUACCAAGCCUAAAAGCACAUGUCCAUCGAAAGACAGUUGGCAUGGGUCUACAAGAAAGACGUCACGAGGAGCAGUGAGAACCCAGCGUCGUCGGCGUUCUAAAUCUCCGGUCCUUCAUCCUCCCAAGUUCAUACAUUGCAGUGCAAUAGCAUCUUCUUCCAGCAGCCAGCUCAAGCACAGAAGUCAGACGGACUCCCCUGAUGGCGGCAGUGGGCUGGGAAUUCCAACCCCUAAAGAGUUCCCGGCAGGAGAAAGCUCUACUUCUCUCGAUGCUAAUCACACAGGGGCAGUCCUUGAGCCUUUGAGAACUCCAGUUCCAAGGCUCCCAUCAGAGAGUAAAACGGAAGAGUCUUCUGGUACUACCCAAGUCUCCCAAGCAAGUCUCAAGGCCAGCGAUCUCUCUGACUUUCAAUCCGUUUCCAGGCUAAACCAGGGCAAGCCGUGUACAUGUUUAGGCAAGGAGUGCCAGUGUAAGAGAUGGCAUGAUAUGGAAGUGUAUUCCUUUUCAGGGCUGCAGAAUGUUCCUCCUUUGGCCCCAGAACGAAGAUGUAUGCUUGAGGACUACUCUCAGUCACUGCACACCAGAACUCUCUCUGGCUCUCCCCGCUCCUGUUCUGAGCAAGCUCGAGUCUAUGUGGAUGAUGUAACCAUUGAGGACCUGUCGGGCUACAUGGAAUACUACUUGUAUAUCCCCAAGAAAAUGUCCCACAUGGCAGAAAUGAUGUACACCUGAUAACAAGAAGUUAGUACAUAUGCUUUAACCAAUGAAGCGUGUCAGAGAUUUAGUUAAUGGCAGACCUUGUGGCCACUUUGUGUGAGAAGACAUCUUUCUACUCACUGUGCUUGCAAUAAAAACUUUUCUUGGCAUCUCAGUUAAUCUUCAUUCUUUAAUCUCUUGAGUUCUUUCAUACCCAUCAAGGCAAGCAGAUCAAAGAAAAUUCUUCUCAUCUAAAAAUGUUCCCGAGAGAUGAAGAAAACAUUACUUGAGAACUGGCAGUCAGUUGGUGAAAUCCUUUGUAAAAUUUCAUUUCUCUGAUGUUUAAAAUUUGCUAGCCAAGGAAAUUAAAUGUGGUUUUCUCACAGAACUGAACAUUGUCAUGUAGUUGCCAGCCCAGAAUAUUAAGAGGUUAUAAGACUGAUUUAAACCAACUCUGAGUUAGCUAGCACAGGAUUGAUUUUGUAAUGAAAGGUUUGAUAUACGUUAUUGUUGAGCCAGAGAUCUAAGGUUUAGGUUCAGUUUGAAUAAACUAGCUGGCCUGCCUGGUGUUGUUUGAGUCAUUAACCAUCACUCAAUAAAUCUCUGCUUGGUGCUGUUC